AUGGAUCCUAUUGCAAUUUUGCAAAAUCGAAUUGAACAAUUAGAAGCCAAAUUAGGCAUAAAUGCUAGCUCCUUUCUUGAAGGACAACAAGGCGAUUCUGCAACAGCAAAUUUAUUAAAUGCUGCUCAAGCUAUUAACAAUGCAACUGCUGGCCAAGAAAAGCUAUCUGAAGCAAGAAAUAUGGCUAGUGAAUUAAAUAAUUAUACUGAUCCGAAUUUAGCAGAAAACAUGCAACAAAACAAUAUGCAUAUGCAUGAAGUUAUAGCAGCUGAGCCAGUGAUCCAGCACCACUGUCAUUGUAUGCAACGGUGUAAACAGGCAGCUCCAGUUCUGGAAUCGGAACCUAUUCAACAGGUCCCACAAAUGCAAGCUACUGUUAAUAAAUUACAUAUGGCAGCUGCAGAAGUAAAAGCAGAAGCUGAUGGUGUAUCUCAUGGUAUACAACAGUUAGCAGAGACCUGUGGCACUGCUGCUUCUACAGCAGCUGAGCAGUUGACAACUGUUGCUCAGAAAGUAGAGCAAGUUGAACAAAAAAUGUUUCCCAAGAGAAGAAAUGGCCUAGAU